AUGUCUGACGGGCAAGCAGAAGUCGAGAAAUUUGGCAGCGGUAGCAGCGAGGACUCUGGUUCUCAGCGCGCCGAAAUCUUUGACCGUCCGACGGGAUGGAGGGCAUACUACUACCACCCCGCCGCACAGAUUUCGAUGUUGGGAUUAGUGUGUUUCGUGUGCCCCGGCAUGUUUAACGCACUUAGUGGUCUUGGAGGUGGUGGCCAGGUUAACGCUAAGGACCAGGCCAACGCUAACGCGAGCCUGUCCGCGACUUUUGCUUUUUUUGGGUUCUUUUCCGGUACGGUCAACAAUGUGAUUGGUCCUCGACGGACUCUGAUGCUUGGCACCUGGGGCUACUCGUUGUAUAUUGCUGCCUUCCUCGCUGUCAACAUUCAUGCUGGUGCGGGUGAUUUUGUUGUUGCAUCUGGUGCCAUCCUCGGCGUCUGUGCGGCUUUUCUUUGGAGCGCGCAGGGCUCGCUGAUGAUGUCAUACCCCACUGAGGCUCAGAAAGGCAUGUACAUUGGUAUCUUUUGGGCCAUCUUCAACCUUGGAGCGGUUGUCGGGGCUGCUGUUGCGUUUGCACUCAAUUUCAACAAUACGGCCAACAGCGUUGGCAAUGGAACAUAUGUUGGCUUCUUGAUUCUGACUCUCAUCGGUGUAUUUCUCCCGCUGUUCAUGGCGGACCCAGACAAAAUGGUCCGCACAGACGGAACUCGCGUGAACCUGGUCCGCCACCCAUCCUGGAAGACGGAGUUUUUAAGUCUGUUCGUAGCCCUGAAGACAGACCCUUGGAUUAUACUCCUCUUUCCGAUGUUCCUUGCCAGCAAUUACUUCUACACCUGGCAAUUCAAUGAUUACAAUGGCGCAUUAUUCACCAUCCGUGCUCGGGGUCUCAACAACUUCAUGUACUGGACAUCACAGAUCUUUGGAUCCGUUUUCAUUGGUUACUUUGUCCUUGACCAGACGAAGGUCCGGCGUAGAGUCCGUGCCUUCUACGGUUGGGUCCUCGUGUUCCUCAUGAUUUUUGUCGUCCACACCUGGGCAUACUUUUACCAAAAGACAUAUACGCGGUCUGAGGAGGCUAUGACAGGUGCUUACAAAAUCGAUAUCUACGACUCAAACUUCCCUGCCCAUGUUUGGCUCAUGAUUUUCUAUGGACUCCUGGAUUCGAUGUGGCAGACAUAUGCAUACUGGCUGAUGGGCGCAAUGUCGAACGAUCCCGCCAAGCUGGCCGUGUUCGCUGGCUUCUACAAGUGCAUGCAAAAUACGGGUGCAGUAAGUGUCUGGGCUGCCGAUGGUGCUAGUGCCCCAUACAUGAACAUUUUCCUGUCAACGUGGUGUCUCACAGUCGCCGGCAUGAUCUUCGCCGCACCAAUGGUGUACAUUCGCGUCACUGACCACACGGAUAUUGAGGAUGAGGUUCUGAUGCACAUUGAGGGCGUGGAACCGAUUGAGCCCCCAGUGGUGGUUACGACGGCGCACGCGUAA